AUGAGGGAGAUUUUCUCAGGAGUAUGGCCUUAUAUGAUUGCAGUGCUGUUUUUCAUUGCUUUUCUCACAAGAUUAUACCGAAACAAGAACGUAGAGAAGACAAUAUACAGACUGCCCCCUGGAAGAAGAGGCUGGCCAUUAAUCGGGGACAGCUUCAACUGGUAUAAUGCAGUUGCAAGUUCUCAUCCCCCUAGAUUUGUUGAAGAACAGGUCAAAAGGUUUGGGAAGAUAUUCUCAUGCAGCCUUUUUGGAAAAUGGGCUGUGGUCUCAGCAGACCCAAACUUUAAUCGAUUCAUAAUGCAAAACGAAGGGAAGUUAUUCCAGUCCAGCUAUCCGAAAUCAUUCAGAGAUUUGGUGGGAAAAAAUGGGGUAAUCACGGUGCAAGGAGAGCAACAAAGAAAACUCCAUGCCAUUGCCUCCAACAUGAUGCGCCUAGACAAGCUAAAGUUCAAUUUCUUGAAAGACAUUCAGAUGGUUAUGCUUCAAACCCUGAGCAAUCUCCACAACAAUCAAGUCAUUUUCCUGCAGGAUGUUUGCAGAAAGGCAAGAAACAUAUAUGUUGCUAUCAAUCUUAUGGUAAAUCAGCUACUGGGAGUCACCAGCGAUUCAGAAGUAAAUGAGAUGGCUCAAUUGUUCUCUGACUUUGUGGAUGGCUGCCUAUCUGUUCCAAUAAACAUACAGGGUUUCACUUAUCACACUGCCAUGAAGGCAAGAGAGAAGAUUAUAAGAAAGAUAAACAAGACAACAGAGGAGCACAGACAAGAAGGUGCAUUACCAGUUGGCAGUGGUGUACUUGGGAGACUAGUAGAGGAAGAAAGCUUACCCGAUGAUGCCGUAGCAGACUUCAUCAUCAAUCUCCUCUUUGCAGGGAACGAAACAACUGCUAAAACCAUGCUUUUUUCUGUUUACUUCCUCACUCAUUGUCCCAGAGCAAUGAACCAACUUCGGGAUGAACAAGAAAGUCUAAGGAGUAAGUGUAAUGGAGAAGAACUUACAUGGCAGGACUACAAAGCAAUGUCUUUCACUCAAUGCGUUAUUGAUGAAACGCUUCGCCUUGGGGGCAUUGCAAUUUGGCUACUGAGGGAGGCAAAAGAAGAUGUAACUUACCAAGAUUUUGUUAUUCCCAAAGGGUGCUCAGUGGUUCCAUUUCUUUCUGCAAUUCAUUUGGAUGAGAAUGUGUAUGAGGGAGCUCUAACAUUCAACCCUUGGAGAUGGAUGAACCCUCAAAAUGAGGAAAAGAGAAACUGGAGAAAUAGCCCAUUCUAUGCUCCCUUUGGAGGAGGCGCUAGAUUUUGUCCUGGAGCAGAGUUGGCUCGCCUGCAGAUUGCUUUAUUUCUCCAUAUGUUUGUGACUAAAUACAGGUGGACCCAACUUAAGGAAGAUCAGAUGUCCUUCUUCCCCUCUGCUCGGUUGGUAAAUGGCUUCCAAAUCCGCUUAUCUAGACGCUAAUAGCAAGUCAGAUCAUGAAGUGCAAGAAUUAAUAUGAUCUUCUCUCUCUCUCUCUCUCUCUCGUAUAUAAUUUCAUCAUACGCAUUUUAUUUCCCAAUGAUUUGUAAAUUCUUCUACAAAACUCCGAUCGAUUCACACCAGAAAAGUACGUUGUACAGCUGAUGCUCACAACCUGACUAAUUCAUGAA